AUGCUGUUCGGCAACGAGCCCCCUUUCCAUCUAAAGCCGAUUCCGUACCGCGGUGUCCGCAAGCACCAGGCAGAGGUGCUGCAGCAUCCACCCGGCUAUAAACACCCGAUCAUUCCUCUCCCGCUGUGCUCAGAGCCGGAAGUCACAGCAACACGACCCGGCGCGAGCAGCACCGCGGCGCACUUGUCGCGCUCUUCUGCCUUUCUCUCACCGGGCCCCUCGGUGAAUUCAAGGAGCACUCCUGGGACUUCACCAUGUACAUCAUCAAACCACCGCGCAGUGGGCCCCGCCACCGCUUCUGCACUCCACAGAGUGGGACCACCGAAUCUACUGCAGCAGCAGCAACACAACCCGCGCAUGCGCCGUGACAGCGGACGAGGCGGCGAUGCCUUUUUAGCGGAUGCAGAACGACUUGAUCCUGACAUGACGGCGGAUGCUGCUCUUCGUCAGGAGCGCGUGCGCGAGCGUCAAAAGCUUCGUGGACACCAGCAGGCUCGCCGCGAGCGGGCGGCAUCACGCGAGGCGACGCUACAAGCCUCCCGCAACGCCGCCUUUGAAGCAGAGUGUAGGCGACUCGCCAACGUAGCUGGCACAGCGCGCAGCAAUCGCGAGCAAGACGACCGUGAUCCUAUUACCCACCAAUGUUACACAGCGGAGGCGGAGAAGCUGGUGAUGGAUCGCAACUGUGACGUGCGCACCCGCUACGCCGCACGCCAGCGUUUCCUCGACCGGCAGAUGAACUCAACGGAGUAUAACAUCCUUACGUGGCAGCUUCGAUAG